UCAAGUAGUCGGUGCAAACUCUAAGACAACUGUCAGGCAUUAACAAUCAGUUUCUUUCACAUUAUAGUUUCGAAUACAGAACGAAUCCAAUCUCUCUAAAAUAAAUUUAAAACAAAAAUCAAAAAGCAGGUAAAAUCUUCAAACAAAAAAUUUUUCUACAAAAAUGUCCCACCCAAAUAUGGAGCAGAGUUCGGAUCUGGAACAAUGGCUUAAGGAGCAGCGCAUUAUCCUGGACUUGCGUACUCGUCGCUUUUUCUCUGAUGUUUUACCAACUGCGAAGAUUAUCAAGCAGUGUUAUCCACGUCUCGUCGAUCUGCACAAUUAUAUGCCCAAGAGCAGUGUGGUGCUGAAGCUCAAGAGCUGGGAAAUCUUCAACCACAAGGUUCUAAGGAAGCUGGGCAUCCAUGUGCCACAUUCUAGACUUGAGAAACUGGCUUCAGCCGCACCAGGAGCAAUUGAAAUGCUGUUCAAGGAUCUAAUUUCAGUGACCAAGUGCGGUAGCCCUCGGCCAUGCCCCAUGGAUGACACGCGUUCCCUAAAAAGCGACAUGUACAAACCGGUGACUAAAAUGGAUUCUCCUAAACGCAGUCUUAAUCGAUCCCUCACUCAAAUAAUCGAGCGCUCUUCCUCUGGUAAUAACCAACCAAAGGUACAUACCAUUGACGUGGAUGUGGCUCUUUUAAACGGACAUGUCAAGAAGGUGACCAAGAAAGUAGUCGAUUACGAACACUACACUAAAGUUUUAAGAGAGAGUUCCGAGAAGUCCGGCUACAUUAACUCCAUCAUCGAAAAGACAGACUAUCUGGAAAGUGUGAUUGCCGAAAGAGAGGAGCGUAUAUCUGAGCUAAUGGACGAACUAAGCAAGCUAACAGUGAGCAUUCUCUCAAUGCGACCAAUGCUCGAACUUAGCGAUGACAAUACUAAAAUCAGUUUAAAUUCCCAUAACGAUAUUACUAACGCUUCGGAGCCCAACUUCUAACUCACAAACUAACCAAAGAUAGUCUGUAACCGAGGAUCGAAGCUCUCGUUUGAUCCCGCCUUCUGUACAACAAAUUUUCACUGAAAAGUUUACCGCUUGUUAUUGGAUAUACCCUGACAUAUAUAUAUUUUGUACUUUAAUUUGCUUUCUAUAAAUACUUUCUUUGGUUUUACUUCCAAUAAAAAAAGUCGAAAUUGUUACGUCGUUCAGAAGGCAAA